AGGCAUUGUGGGACAGAACAAAAUGGCAGUGUGUUCGUGUCCAGCAGCAGUUAAGAUGUGUAGCUACUGUCAAUGUUGUACGACUGAUUCUUCCUAACACAUUAUAUAUAUACAAAAAUAAAAAAAAGUAAAUAAAGCUUACAUCUGCCGGAUUUAGCAGAUGUUUAAAAUUGAAAGGCUGUCUAUCUAUAUAUUAUAGGUAAGAGCUAAAGCGAAUCAGCUAUACUAGCUCAGGAUAUGUUUGCGGUAAACGCUUUGCGAGAAAAUCAAGUUUUAGUUUGUAAUGAUUAAAAUAAUAAGGCAGCGGAGUUCACGGCAGUGUAUGUAUUUAACCUUUAAGUGUUUUUUCACGUCAUUAUUAGUGGAGAAAGUGCAGUUUAAGCCGUGUGUACACCAUGGAUGACUGCCACAAAGGGAGAAGAAGUCACACUCCGGUCGUUGCAGAGGAGAAGACAGUUGGAGGCAGAGGCAAAGAGAAAAGGAAGAGAAGACGUAGUAGAAGCAGAUCUUCCUCCACAUCGUCUACCUCAUCUUCCAGGUCUUCUAGUACCUCGUCUUCAUCAAGAUCUUCAUCCUCAAGCAAUACAAGCAGAUCAAGCAGCAGCAGUGACUCACAUAGCAAGUCUAAAACAAAGAAAAAAAAGAAGGAAAAGCAUCACAAAAAGAAAGUAAAAAAAGAGAAGAAACACAAGAAAAAGAAGGAAAGGAAAGUCAAGCAUGACAGUUCGGGGCCUGUUCAGAUUUCAAAGUUUUUGAACGAGAAGAAGAAGGGUGACAAAUACAGUAUGAUCACUGGAAAGAAGAUUAAAAUGAAGGUUAAGAAAUCAAAAAAGGACAAACAGAGGGAUAAAAAUCGUGCUGAACUGCUGGAUUUCCUGAAUUCUACCUUGUGAAAAAUGGAACUAUGUUAAUGUUUUCCUGAAGUUUUUUUUUUUCCUUCUUUUUUCCCCUCUGGACAUUUGAAGUGUUGAUGUGACAAUAGAACUACUCAGGGAACAGAAUAGUCUUUGCCCUUCUGAACAAUAGAAUAAGUAUGUAUUUUCAGGCAUUGCAUACACAUGGAAAAAUGUAAGCUGUAAUUUGCUUAUCAGUCAUUUUUUGUGUGUUACAUGGAUGGAAAUUCAUUAUUCUGGUCAUAUUUCAAAAGCAACUGGAUUCUCUGGCGACAGGGUUUACACAGUAAUAGAAAAAAAAACCCCUGUUAACAUGUUUCGUAAGGUGUAAUGUACAAACUGUAGCUUCUGAUCGGUUACUCAGUAAAAGGGGAUUUCUGAGUAGUAAGCCCAACAACACAUUGUUGCCAUGACAACCCAUGUGACCUCUUCCAAGCUUUUAUUUUGGAAAUUGAUACAUUGUGUAUUUUCACUUGUUACUGUAGUAGACACAAAAUAUUACAAAUUCUUAAUUUUUCAAAGAACACGUGUACCUCAUGUUGUGAGGUUACUUUGUCUAAAUCCAUAACAAGGAAAAUAAACACUAAAGGAAGCCCAGUGCACUUUGUUCACUGAAUUACCUGUGUUGGUACCUGACAAUUCCUAGAUCUGCCAAAGGCCAUUUAUUGAUUAGAGUGCUCAGCAGCUAGUAAGCUGCUGUCUUAUGUCGAGUAUAAGGACUAACAUAUUGCAUACCGCCCUGGUAUUGUGUAUUAGUGCACAUCAAAGCUACAGCGAACUCUUUUUCUAAUGAUACAAUCCAUCAAUAAAUGUGCACUAAGCUAAUUGUCUAGUAUACCAGUAACUAUACUACUGCAGAGAAUCAUAAAUAAUUUAUACAACAGACUUCUUUCAACUAUAACUAAAGAAACUGUUGACCAAGGAUAUAAAAUUUCAAUUUUCCAUGCAGUAAAUAUCUGACUUUUGUUAGGUUUUCCCUGUCCACUUUGCUUUGUCCAGUACGGUCUAAGAUUUAAAUCCAUUGCACACUAAGUGAUGUAUUGAGAUAGUAGAUUUGUUUAAAACAGUGAUCUUUGUGCUGAUUGUACAAAUACGUUUGCGCUCAAUCGUCAGCUUUUUUACGUACAGUAUUUACGUAUGGUGGAUUGUUAAUGACAGACAGAUCUGAUGUGGAAUCGGCUUAGAACAUGAAUUUUCUCUUUUUAGCCAUAAAUUCUGAGGAUAAACUCAAGUAGAGUAACAUUUGGGCUAAUGCAGUUUUAUCCAGUCUUAUGUUAAAUCCAGUCUUUUUUUUUUUUUUUUUAAUCUUGACGUUGGCAUGGAACACUAUAGUAUCUCAGACUGGUUCCCAUUCCACUUACUAUAUUGCAUGUUCAGUAAGAGGUCAACCUGAUUGUUCCUAAACAAGACAACCUGCUGGCUAAAAAGAAAUGAUGUUGAGAAGAGUGAAAGUUCAGUACAUUUAAAAUGUAAAUAAAUAAAUAAUACGAGUUCCAUAACAAAGAGACUUGCUCUGCAAAACAUUGUUUCAGUUAAUGAGGCAGUAGUUAUGAUUGUUAUUUAAUAUUACCCAGUUAUUUUGUAUGUUUAUGCAUUUAUUUGACAGGGACAAUAUACAAUUUUUAACAUUUAUGACAUGUCAUCAGAGGCAUUGCACCCAGAGUUAGCUAUGAGCUAAUUUUCAUUGACAGUCCCUGGACAAACACAAAAAC